AUGCCUCGAGCGGCCGCGAAUCCGCCACACAUUAUUUUUGAUACUUUAAAAGAACUGCGGUUUAUCGAUGAUAAAGGCAAUCUUUUGCCAUGGAGUAAUGAUGUUUGGCGCAAAGCGACCGUCGCAAUGAACUUUUUAAACAUGGUGGCGCGUUGGAGCUGCUUCAAUCGCGAGAGUCCUGAAAAAAAGGAUUUCUUUCUCCGAUGUGUGGGUCUGUUAACCACAUGUAUGGAAAUUUACGAUUUUAUUCGGCUGUGUACCGACGUAUUGACCAUUGCUUUUGCUACGCAUGAAAACAUUGAUGACAAUCAGAGUCACUGUUUCGCAGCACAGAAUCGAGUUUCACAGCGCUUGAAAUCGUAUAAUCUUUCCGACAAUGGUGCUGACAAAAUCAACGAUAAUCAGAACAAAAAGGAAACUUUGCUGGAACAAUUUAACGACGUUGAUGGAGAGACCGAACUCGAUUCGAGUGCUGCAAUUGGAGUUAUUUUAAAAAAAUCGAGUCAGAUAGCAGGAGUGAACUCAAAAACGGACGAU